CGACUCGAAAUUCAUUGUCAUCGGAAGUGUUUGCAACAAAGCAUGUCUGGGUGACCUUAUUGGCUCGUGGCUCACGGGUGAGCUUUACUGCAAUCUCAACGAGCUCUUUCCCUUCAUGGGCGAAGGUACUAUUAUCGAUGCAUGCUGUGGGUUUGAAGUUUCUGGUGGCAAUGCAACGAGCCUCAUACCUACGCCUGUCCUGCCUAUGCCUUCACCUACUCCCCCACCCAACUGCCAAGUUGUGGGACCCUGGUACAAUCAAGUCUCCGGCGAGUACGAGUGGGUGUGCACCAUCUGCGAGAAAGGAUUUGCACCCGACGGCCUAGUGUAA